AUGAAGCUCUCUUUAAUUCUUCUCAAUGCAUUCAUCACUGCCUCUCUUGCCAAAAGCAAGAAGGGUCACAAAUCUCAUGCCCAUGAGAAUGUUGCUUUCACGAUAGCCAUACCUCCGGUUGCUGUUGCUCUUCCACUCGUUAAGGUCACCGUCAAUGCAGUCGAGAUUAUGGUCAACACAUCGGCUCCAAUCAAAAUCGAAGUGCCAAACUCACCCUUGGAACUCUUAGCAGCUGCUCGUGUUGCUGUUGUUUCCUCGAGUAGCAGUACAAAGAAAACUACCACUUCUACUAGCAGCAUCAAGACUACGAGCAGUACCAAAACUACGAGUAGUACCAAGACCACUAGCACCAGCAAGACAUCAAGCUCGACUAUCAAAACAAGCACAACAUCAAAACCAACGACGUCUAGCACAAAGACCACCAGCAGUACCAAAACCACUAGCACAAGUAAAACAUCAAGCUCGUCUAUCAAGACAAGUACCACAUCGAAACCAACCACUUCCAGCACAAAGACAACUUCGACAAGUAGCACCAAGCCAACCAGCUCAACGUCAAAAUCGACGUCAAGUAGCAGUUCAAGUACGUCUGCACCCAGUUCUUCUGCGAGUUCUUCUGCGAGUUCUUCUGCGUCCAGUUCUUCUGCAUCCAGUUCUUCUAAAUCCGGAUCUUCUACUUCGAGUUCUCCCGCGUCCAGUUCUUCUGAAUCCAGUUCUGCUGCAUCGAGUUCCCCCGCGUCCACUUCUGAAUCCAGUUCAUCUACUUCCAGUUCCCCUGCUGUCAGUUCAACGGACUCAAGUUCUUCUGCGUCCAGUACUUCCUCAUUUGGAUCUUCCUCAAUGAGCGAGUCAUCGUCCAGUUCCACCGAGUCCACCAGCGCGAGCUCGUCCUUGACUAGCUCUUCAGAUAUCUCUUCAAGUGCUUCAAGUACCGCGUCUCUGACUAGCUCUUCAGAUGUUUCAUCAAGUACCUCGUCACUAAGUAGUUCUUCAACAGAAACUUCUUCAAGUAGCUCUAGCACCUCAAGUCCGUCAAGUACCUCCACCACCUCGAGUACCUCAAGCACAUCGUCUACCUCAACAUCAUCCUCGGCAACCGCAACACCAUCGUCCCUCGCCAACUCGGUCAGCAGCACCAUCCUGAUCAUCGCCAAAGACCAAGCCUCCGCAAAACAAGCAAGCACCGGCCUCAAUGCCUACGGGAUCCCAUAUGAAGUCCUCCUCGUCCCACAAGCCGGUAUCGAGCUUCCCGUUCUCAGCAGCACAAACACUACCGGAAAUUACGGAGGUAUCGUGAUCCUUUCCGAGGUCAGUUACAACUAUGGAACUGCGGGUGCAGAGAACUACCACAGUGCCUUGACGGAUGCUCAAUGGCUGCUAUUGUACGCAUACCAAUUGCAAUUUGGUAUUCGAAUGGUCCGCAUUGAUGUUUAUCCAUCGCCAUCGACGGGAACUACACCGAUUGCGGGAUGUUGCGCAGAUGGACAGGAGCAAUUCGUCUCUUUCAGCAAUACCAGUGCAUUCCCGACUGCUGGACUACGAACUGGCGCCCAGAUGACAACUGCAGGUCAAUACCACUACAUCGCUUCGAUCACUGAUGCUUCCAUUGCCAGCGCUUUCUUGACCUACGGCGCAACAACCGGAACUUCAGGAACCUAUGCAGCUGGUGGAGUUGGAGGUGUCAUAAAUGUCAUCGGUGGCAGACAACAGAUGGUUUUCUUCAUCACUUUCGGUAUCGAAUUCAGUGCCACCUCCAACUACCUUCAACAUUCGUGGAUCAACUGGGUCACUCGUGGAAUCUACGUCGGAUUCCGUCGCAUCAACCUCAACACCCAAAUCGAUGACAUGUUCCUCGAUUCCGACAUCUACCUGCCAGCUGGAAACAUCUUCCGCCUCGCAGUCGCUGAUCUCAACACCCACAAGACCUGGACAACAACCAUCAACAACAAGCUCAUUGCUGGUGGUAACCUCGGCAGCAAGUAUUACAUCGAAAUUGCGCACAAUGGUAAUGGAAACAUUAUCUCUUCCGAUAAAUUCGACACCUCAGAUCCUCCAAAGUGCGGAAUUGGAGCCAUUGACUUGGGCGAUCAAGCAUUCUCCGACACCCCUCUCGAAUUCCAAAAGCCUCUCGGCACAGGAACCAGUUUGUGGCCAACGACCCCAUCUUUGUAUCCAUACACAGUGGCAUGCUUGAACUUGGAUCCUAUGAAAGUGUGGUUUGCGACACCAGCCAACAGAGAUGCAUUCGCUCAUAUGUCGCACACCUUCACCCACGAAGCCGAGAACAACGCCACAUAUUCUGAUAUCUUCAAGGAGAUUACCUGGAAUCAGGCGUGGUUGACUCAAUCUGGAUUGGCUUCUGCUGCAAUUUUCAGUCCUCAUGGUAUCGUGCCACCGGCUAUCACUGGGUUGCAUAAUGGCGAUUCGAUCAAGGCGUGGAUGGAUAAUGGUAUCACGAAUGUUGUUGGUGAUAACAGUCGUCCGGUCUUAAGAAACCAGGCAAAUCCCAUGUGGCCAUACAUCACCAACGUCGCCGACAAUGGAUAUGCCGGAUUACUAGUCAGUCCCAGAUGGCCCACAAACAUCUACUAUAACUGCGACACACCCAACUGCACAACCCAAGAAUGGAUCACCUUCUCCAAAGGCUCCGGCGACUUCCAGAACCUGCUCACCUACGAGAAAGGCGUCACCACCCGCUACCUCUUCGGUCUCUACCACGACGCCUACAUGUUCCAUCAAGCCAAUCUCCGCGUCUCUGACAUCCCAGUGAACACCAACAUCAACGGCGUCACAGCCAAGAUCUCAAUCUUCCAAGCGUGGGUCGAGACUAUCGUGCAAGAGUUGAUCCGAACCGUAACAUGGCCUGUCAUCACGAUCAAGCACGACGAUAUGGGAGCACAAUUCGGCGCCCGCAUGGCCCGCGACGCAUGCGCUCCAAAGAUGUCGUAUCUCAUCGACCCAACGACCCAGAAAAUCACUGGUGUGUCCGUUGGUGCGAAUGGUAAUACAUGUAACACCAAGAUUCCAGUGACCGUGCCUGGUUCAGUCGUUGAUACGAAGGGUGCUACGAGCGAGCAGAUUGGUACCGAUCCGCUUACACUCUGGACCACAUUGAAUGGCGCGCCGGUGUCGUAUACUCUUACGACUCCGGUCAGCUGGUGA